AUGCACAAUCCUCCCGCGAAACGCAAGGUCGUCUACAUCCCCCAGGACAACCUGAGGGAGUUCCAUAAGCAUUUGCAGAGCAGAACGCCGAAUACCGAAUUCCGUUUCCGUCCCUCUGUCAGCAACAGCUCCCUUUUGGGACGUCGUUCGAAUACGAACAAGGAUCAGCUUGCGGCGUCUACUUCUGGCUCGCUCAUUCCUACCAACUGGAACUUUGUGGAUCUCGUCACUCCUGAGCCGCCGACGCCCCACGAGCACCGAGCCGACUCGGGCUACAUUUCCGGCCCGACCACCAACUCGUCGAGCACCACCAGUGGUUCCCCGGGCGUUUACGCCAAGGCCCACCCCCACGCGUCCCAUCCCGUCCGUGGAGCCAUGCCGGCCACCACCUUCCCCGCCAAUGUCGCCGAGUACAAGGCGGCCAUGGAGCAGUCGGCGGAGCAGAUCUUCCUGCACAAGUACGUGAGCAAGGAGUUCACGUACGAUUCGCGCAAGGCUCGCGAACAACUGAAGCCGGUCCUGCGCCGCGCCCUGGACAGGAAGGAAGACCGACCGAUGGUCGACAAGUUCUUCUUGCACGUCAACUUUAAGAAGGGUACCAUUCGGGGCGAGCACCGUCGCCAGCGCCUGCACAAGAAGCCCGGCCAGCGAAGAGUCGACCUCCUCCAGGCGACUUACGAGAGCAGCGACUAUUUCUCGAGGAACGAAUGA